UCAGCGCAUACAAAUAUGAGAAGAUUAGUGCAAAAUUUGUUGUUGUUAUAGUUUAUUAACAUUUAGUAGUUUUUUGUUUUUUAAGCAAAUGCAUUGUAUGCACAAUUCGAACGCGACGUGUUAACGCUUAAUGGUGUAAAGCCCAGCCAAGGCGCGCGUCGAACGUAGAGCAGCGUAAUCUUCACCAACACUUGGUUCUCGUCGUCUAGAAUUUUGGUUUGGCCAGCGUUUAAUGGAUGACACAUCAUCAUGGGAAAGCUAUUAUCAAAAAUUUUCGGCAACAAAGAAAUGCGAAUUCUUAUGCUCGGCUUGGACGCUGCUGGCAAAACAACGAUCCUCUAUAAACUGAAACUGGGUCAAUCGGUUACAACGAUACCCACGGUGGGUUUUAAUGUGGAAACUGUGACGUACAAGAAUGUCAAGUUCAAUGUCUGGGAUGUUGGCGGGCAGGACAAAAUUCGACCGCUUUGGCGGCAUUACUAUACAGGCACACAGGGUCUGAUAUUCGUUGUGGACUGUGCUGAUCGAGAUAGAAUAGAUGAGGCGCGCACUGAACUGCAUAGGAUAAUUAAUGAUAGAGAGAUGCGGGACGCCAUUAUACUGAUAUUUGCUAAUAAACAGGAUCUAGCUGAUGCAAUGAAACCGCAUGAAAUCCAGGAAAAACUAGGUUUAACUAGAAUAAGAGAUCGCAAUUGGUAUGUCCAGCCAUCAUGUGCCACAAGCGGCGAUGGCCUCUACGAGGGCCUAACGUGGUUAACGUCUAAUCAUAAAUUAUGAGAAUCAUAAUAAUCAGAAUCAAACGUAUUUCAAUGUAUGGCAUGUAUUAUUCGAAGCGAAACAAAAUUAUUAUAUUUUUUAUUUAUACAAAAACAAAACAAGAGAAAACAGCAAGACGCAUAGUGAAAAGCACCCGACAAAAUCGAACAGAACAGAAAUUAACUAAAUUUGAAAACCACAAAAUAUAUAUAUAUAGAGAAAAGUCGAUAUAUAUAUAAUGAUGAUGAUAUAUAUAUAUAUAUAUAUAGACACACACAUGCAUGUAUACAAAACUAAUCAAUCAAUAUUCUCACUAGUAAAAAUAAAAACAUAAAAUAAAACAAUGCAAAAUGAGCAUAAUAAAUAAAUUAAUUAAACU